AUGAAGUUGAUUAUUUUGCUGUUAAAUCUUCACAUCUAUGUUGUUUUCUCGUCAAAUGAAUACUUUGGAAACACGAGCAAACAUCUGUUCUAUUUCGUUCAAGUCACGGAUAUUCAUAUCACACAUUUCGGACAUGAAGAUCGAAUGAAGCAAUUCGAAGAUUUCUGUAAUCAAAUUAUCAAAACAUUGAUCAAACCAGAAGUGACAGUUGUUUCAGGUGAUCUUGUGAACAAUGUUGGCGGCUUAAAAUACAAACAUGAUCGAUUAUUUGGAACGGGACAAUACGAACAAGAAUGGAAUAUUUAUCGAAAUAUUCUCGAUCGAACCAAUGUUACACAGUAUACGAAAUGGCUUGAUAUCAAAGGAAAUCAUGAUACGUUUAUGGAUUCAAAUCCUGAUUCACCAAAAAGUUUCUUUCGUGUAUAUUCUCAUCAAGGACAUUUGCAUAGUGGGUCAUAUGAAUAUACAUUGACAACAAAAGAUAAUGACAGCUAUUCUUUUAUUGGAAUUGACUUUUGUCCAAAACCAGGUGUCGGUCGACCAUUUAAUUUCUUUGGAUCAAUCAGUGAUAAAGAAAUGCAGAAUUUAGUCAGAUUAUCUGAACAAACGAAAAACUCGACAUCAACAAUCUUGUUUGGUCAUUAUCCUCUGUCUUAUACUUAUUCAUAUGGUCUUCAACGACUGAUGAGUCACGCACUUGUUUAUCUCAAUGGUCAUCUUCAUUCUGGGAUAAAACAAUUGUAUGCUCGACAUUCUACUGGAUUACUGGAAUUAGAGUUAGGUGAUUGGAAACGAAAUCGAAGGUUCCGUUUGAUAACGAUCGAUUCGGGAAUUCUAUCGUUCGGAGAUUUCCGAUUCAAUGACCCAAUCUAUGCAGUCAUAUCAAAUCCAAAAUCAGCCAGGUUCAAAACAUCUCGAGAACCAUUGAUUCGCCCACGUGAAAAUACUCAUAUUAGAAUUGUUAUAUUUGCCUAUUUACCGAUUGUCGAUGUCCAAAUAUCCAUUGAUGGACAAUCAAUGGGCUCGGCGAGACAAGCAAUUGAUCAUUCGAAUUUGUUUGUAUUGCCUUGGAAUGCAAGUGUCUAUCACGAUGAUAAUCUUCAUGUAAUAUCCGUACAAAUUCGAGAUCAAGAAAAUAAUUCAAUUACCAUUACUCACGAGUUUUCUUUAUCGUUAUCAACAAUCACUUCAUGGAAUAAAUCGAAAAUUUUCCUUACAGUUCAUCAACCGACUUUCGGUCUUUGUUUUCUAACACUAUCAUUAUUUAUUUACAUUGCCCUGUUAUUGCUCUUUCGACAUCAGGCCAAACGUAUAUCUAAUCAUUUUGAUGGACGAUGUUUGUUAUGGAAUCGAUUUCGUUUGCGAAUGACAUUGCUUUGUUCAGUCGAUCUCAUCUAUUUCUCACUUCUCGCUUUCGCCAUUUAUCAUUUUAUCGGUCCUUGGUAUAUCGGAUAUUUAACACAAGAUCACAUAGGUGCUGUGUUUCUAUGGGGAAUUCUAAUUCAGAGAACUUAUUUACCUCCCGAUAUUCAAGUACUCAGCGGAAAUUUUCAAUUAUAUUUCAUCGUGUUUCCAUAUACACAUUGUUUAAGUUCGUUAUGUUAUUAUCGUUAUAAACAGCUUCAGUCAAGUACAAAUCUAAUCAAAUUUUAUUUUAGUCGUUGUGGCCGGAUCUUUACUAUUUAUAUUUUAUUUGUCUAUGCCAUAGGUUUUCUCAUGUUUUGGUCAUUUGUGAUGACAGCGUCGUAUAGAUUUGGUUGGAUUUUAUCACCAUUCGGUCUGAUAUUAAUUGCUUUUGCAAUUUUUCUUUAUCUCCAUGCUCAUCGAUUGAAAUGCGGAGACUUUAAAUUGUUAACUUCACAAAGCUCGACGGAAAUCAUGAAUUCACAUAAUUCCAAAGUGCAAACGCAGAUCGGUGAACAACAAUCGGUUUUAAAAUCCCGAUAA